UGUAUCACAUACGGAUGUAGAGAAAGUAAUAUACUGAUUUUCCGAUGUUUUUGAUUUUGUAUUAUAAAAUGAACAAUUCUGUAUAGCGAGAAAUGCUAUUAUUGUCUUUAAGAAAAUGUGUACAGUGCCAAAAUACGGAUCAUAUAGCUAUAAAAUGUUUGAAGCCCAUAGUGACUGACACCUCAAGUAAUGCACUUAUAAUUUCAGAGUGAUUCUAUGUGUGUUUUCUUAUUUUAACUGAAAGAAUGCCGAGAGGAGAGAACAGACAGAGCUUGUUAUUAUCCCGAGAGGAGAAUGACCAAGUCUUCAGCCUCAUCGGACCAAAAUGCCAGAGUCUCGCAACAGCAGUAGUUCAACUGUUCACCACCGAGGGGCCAGCGCACUCGGAAUGGAAGAAAAAGGACACUGGCGUCCUCUGCCUUAUCAAGGACAAUGCGAAGCGGUCGUACUUUUUCCGCAUGUACUGCCUGUGUCGGAAGACAAUGAUAUGGGAACACGAAGUAUACCUCCAGAUAGAGUACAAGAGUCCUAGACCUUAUUUACACACGUUCGAAGCUGAGGAAUAUAUGACUGCAUUCAACUUCGCCAACGAAGAUGAAGCGAAUAUCCUUAAGAAGAUACUUAUCGAGAAAAUCGAACUUCGAAAACAGCGAAGACAAGAACGUCGUGCGCGGUCGAUGCUGGCGACGCGCGCUAACAGCACGUCGUCGCAGAACUACGCGCCGCGUCACAACGGCGUGCACCCCUCCCCCGCGCCGGCCGCGUCCCCCGCGCCGUCGCCGACGCCCCCGCUGCCCGCGCUGCCCGCGCUCCCCGCGCCCACCGUCAACCCCGUGCCGCUGCCGCCCAAGUCCGCGGCACUCACGUCUGGAUACACGCUGAAAUCCACGAAUAAGAAGCUGAAAACUAAAAAAAUUACGAAAGCCGACAUCAGUGCACCGCAAGACUUCAAGCAUAUAUCACACGUCGGGUUCGAUUCCAAAACUGGUUUCGAUGUAGAGAUGUUGCCUGAGGACGAGAUGCGUUCGUUCCUGAGUAUGGCUGGAGUGUCUGAGAGUCAGCUGCAGGACCACGCGACUAGACAGUUCAUAUACGACUUCAUACACACGCACGGCGGAGUGGACGCCGUCAAGGAGGAGAUACAUGAAACGAAACAUCCCAAGAAAGCGUCGUCCCCGCCGCGGCGCGUGUCUGGCGCGGGCGUGCCGCCGCUGCCGGCGCGGGGCCCGCCGCCCUCGCAGCCUCCACUGCCGCCGAGCCGUGCACCUCCGCCUCCGCCCACGCGUGUUGUUCCACCACCGCCGCCGCCGCCCGCUUCUCUUACGCACAGGAACCCACCGCCGCCCAGGCCUAUGCAGCCGCCAUCUUCAGCGCCGCCGUCGGUGCCGCCGCCGCCGCCGCCGCCGGCGGGCGUGGCGCCCCCUCCCCCGCCGCCGCCGCCGCCCGCGCCGCCCGCCCCGACGGCGCCCCCCGCGCCGCCGCCGCCGCCGAUGCCGACCGAAUCCGCGGACUCAGCUCCCGACGACGCUCGCGCCGCGCUCAUGGAGAGCAUACGUAGUGGCAAUAAGAAUUUGAAGCAUGUCGAGGUGCCUGUCAAGACGGAUGAUAGUAGAAGUAAUCUACUGAGUGAGAUCAGACAAGGAAUUGAGCUACGUUCCGUGUCGCGGCCGGAGCGGGCGGAGGGCCGGUCGCAGCCGCAGCCGGACGGGCUGGCGGGCGCGCUGGCGCGGGCGCUGGCCGUGCGCUCCGGGGCCAUACACUCCGACUCCGACUCCGACUCCGCCACCACCAGCGACGGCGAGUGGGACGACUGAGCGCCGCCGACUCCAUACGCCGUAUACUCCCCUGCUGAGUUUCCGUUACGACUAAACUUAGAUCUACCUUUUAGUACACCGGUGAGUUCCGGAUAGUACUCGAUUUUAUGAGAUAUUAUCGAGAACGGUGCGAUCGAUUUAUGUAGUUAUCGUAUGGGUUGCCAUCUAAAAAAAAAAGGAGUGGACUCGGUUAUUUUAUGUAGAUAAUUCUUUAUUUCAUAUAAAUAAAAAUAUAUUGCAUAAUACAAGCAGAAAGGAACGAGACCGUUAUAAAAAACAAUUAUUAUACUAAUUCAAUGUGGAUAUGAAUUGUUUGAAAGAUAUCGUACAGUGAAACAGGACAUCCCCAUCAUGUAGUAGGAUUAUUCUUCCUGCUCUUGGUCGCAAGAAAAAUCGAAAUAUAAAUCCUUAUCAUAUACACGUGUUCCAAGCAAUAGUACUAUAUUAAAUUAGCAUGAUGAUAAUUAAUACUGUAUUUUAGGUAAUGGCAACUUCAGUCAGUAUAAGUUGGUCGCACUGUAUCAUCAAUCAUUUACAAUAGGGUGCGCUAAAAUUAAUCCGCUUUGCCAAAACUUUAAGGACACGAUUCUAGUCGUUUAGUAACAUUGACAUAAAAUUUUAUCUGAAAAUACUUCUGAGAAAAUCACCUACCUAAAAACAGCUAUAUAUGUAUCCACUCCAUUGAUACAAUACUGUUUUAGUAGAGAACAUUUUAGAGAAUUGUGCACUUUAUCUCCUUCAAAAUAAAGUAUAUUUUUGCUUAAGGAAUUGUACCAAUGGUGCCCUUAUUGUAAAUGUCAACUUCCCAUGAAAUAUGGUGAAAGUUCGUGUUUACCUGUUUAUCGACUUAAUUAGACAAAAACAAUUAUUUUAUGCACUGACAACGUAGAAGUCGACGCGUGUAGGUUAACGUUAAAUAGCCCAUAAUGUGCCUAUACAUAAUGCCUCGAUCAAUAAUACUACUAGAUAUCCAAUAAAUGCACGCCUUUUAUACUGGUGCAUGACAUCUUGUCGGCCACAGGAAUGACAAUUCCAGUUAGAUAAAAAAAAUGUUUAAAAAUAGCAGGGUGCAUAGCUGUACUCUUUCUACCAAUACACGUCACGCGAAACAUCUCUACAACAUCUCUCUUACUAGAAACAUUUUAUAUUUGAUAAAGUUCUCACAAAGUAUAAGACUUGCAAACAUACAAGCUGACGGCCCACAAUAUAAGUUAUAACCGUCGUCUCAUUCUAUUAUAAACACAUCGACCAUAGAAUCGUCGAAACGCAAUGUUAUUUGCAAAAUGAGUUCUUAUUUUAAAGUAGUUCAUUUUGUUUUAACACAAACGAAACUGUGUUUUAUCAUUUGUUAUUUAGGUUUCAUUUACAUCGAAACCAUAAAAUAUUUUGAAUAUUUUCUUUUUAAUUGUCAGAUUAUGCUAAGAACCAUAUAAGUCAUUCCUCAUUUUGGUUGACGUCUGCCUUAAUUUAUGUGGCGUUACCUAGUUGAUAUUAUUGAUCGAUGCUAUGCUAAUGCUAAAUUUGUUCAAAUAAAGUAAUAUAAUCGUAGUGUUCGACUUAUUAACGAAUUAUCCUAAACUAUAAUAAUUAUGGAAUAAAAAUCUAGAAAAACAUUUUCCAGUGCCUUAAAAUCGUAAAAGGCAAAAUGUGACCAACCAAAUGUUAUAGUUACCCAAACAGUGCCAGUUUAAUGCAUCAUUUGUAAUUAUACAAUUGUAAAGGCGCCAAACAUCUGUCCAAAGUUGGAACAAAUACUUGCAAAUUGUUGUUCCAUGUUGGUUUGAAGAUACGACAAACACUUCAAAGUUUCAAAUAUGUAUAAUACAUAUGUAGCGUGCUUUACUUGCGCAUAAUCCGGUGCCAAGUGAGUACUGUGUAUGCACAUUCAAAGCAUGACUAGUGGUAUAUAUCACAUUAUAUUGCACAAUAAUCUAGGUGUUAGAAUGACAUCAUUACGAGACUGAUUCUUUAUUAUUUUGACACAAAAAUGGUGAACACAAAACAUUCGAUAACAAUGCACACAUAUUCCAACUAAUAGAUUAUUAGAUAUAUUUUUGUUUACGUCAAUAUGUAUUCUAACAUUUGAAAGCAUGUCUCGAGAGAAGGAUAAAUCAAGUAUACUAAGGACUAAUUAAGUUGCUAAUAUGUCAAAAUAUAAUCGACACAAAUGUUGAAACGUGGACUGGGUAAAAUCAUACUGCUCAACAAAUAAAGCUCAUAUUCAUGUGUAAAUAAUAUAUAUAUAGUAUUUUUGAUUAUUUAAUAGGUCCAUUGAGCUAAAAAAGUUAUAUUAAAAAAUAUAAUUUUAAAAUUGGCGGGAAAAUUGAGAAAUCGUCCUGAUCGCAAAUCAAAAACAAGAGUGUAGUUCCAAAAGAAAAAAAACAAGGGACAGAUAAACUUGUGCCAUCUAUAUUCAAAACUAACAAUGUGAUAUUUCAAUUAAAAUGAAUAUGUAGUAUUUGGAAUGACAAAUUUGCUAGGUUCCUUAAGCAGAUAUGUCGAAAACCGACCGUAGAUUUAAUCUCUGGCUUAAUUUACUGAAUGAUUAAACUAAUGGGUUAUGAUCACACAUGCUACAUUUCGAAGAUGUACUUCACUGAUAUUAAAAAAAAAAACAAUAUAAAAAAUUGAAUAGCUGUUUACCAAUUGGUUAUAUUUUUUAAAAUUAAAUAUCGACUUUGAAUUCUAUCCAAAGACAAAAUAUUUCAAUAUAAAUUAUGUUAUUAAUUAAUUAAUCUUAUGACUAAUUUAUUAUUAGGUUAUAAUUUGACAAAAAAAAUACAUUUAUCGACAUUUUGUAACGUAAUCUGACAUCGAUAUAAACUAUAUAAAAGUACCAAGGAGUGACAUCCCAACGCCGUACUUUCUUGUUUCUUAAAAUUUAUAAACACCCAACUCUAAACUGCUUCGUGCAAACGGGGCGAGUACAUUCUAGGAGUUGAAAUAUACUGGUAACUGAUUUGUUAUAUUUCAGCUGUUUGUUUUGACAAGUUUGUCUGUAAUGUAAUGCGUUUCUGCAUGGUGACGCUUACGGUUUGGGGAAGGGGAGGCUUGGAUAUUUUGCGCAGUAAUGUAAACAGCUACGUGCAGUUCUCUGCUUACUACCGCUGCCUAUAGAGCCCGAAAGCUUGCUAGAAAACUUGAUGGACUACCUACUACUAACAUUUCCAGUAUUUAGUUGUUAAGUCGAGUGAUUGGUGUGCCAAGUGUGCCAGUGCCUAUUGGGAUUGGGUGUUAAUAUGAUUAACUAGUCAAAUGAUUGCUACAAUUAGAAAGUGAACGUAUAAAGGGAAAUAUCUUACGCGUCACAGACGGCGCUUUCUGGUAUCAAAACUUACUACUUAUAAAUAACAUCAAUAAACAUAGCCAACAUAGCACCAUCUAGUGCCGCAUUAAAGAUAACUGUAUGUAUAACACUACAAAUAGUCAUUUGUUUUUGUUUUAGAUGUUUAGCAUUUCACCUUCUGCUUACCGCAGGUUUGAUUCUCCCACAAACUUUGGUGUUCAUGGGAUAUGAAUGUUUGUAUUGAUCGGAGCAUUUGCU